AUGGAUCUGUUGGAUUUAUUUCUGGACAAGUACGGUUUGGAUUUAUCAUACCACCAUGCAUGGUUAGGAGUGGAAAAGGCUAGGGGGGAAAUAUUUGGAGACUAUGAAAGUUCAUUUGAUAAGUUGAGGUGGUACGUUGAAGCUGCCAAAAUUGCAAAUCCAGGGAGCUUAUUAAAGCUUGAAGUUGAUCCUGUCAGCAAGGAAUUCUCGAGGCUCUUUGUGUCGUUCAAUGCAUGUAUCACAGGGUUUAAUCAUUGUCGACCAUUCCUUUGCCUUGAUGGGACACAUCUCAAAGGCAGAUUCAAGGGGUGUCUUUUUGCUGCCACAGGAAAAGAUGCAGAUCAAGAUAUUCAUAUCUAUUUAUCUGCUUGUUCUAUGAUUGGUAUAAGACAGAACCUAGUAAUGGUUGGCCUGAGAAGUGAGCACCUUGUCUCUAGACAGGCACUUUGUGUGACAUUUUGGGGUUUAUUUCCCCUGGCGUUUGCUAUUGUGAAUGCAGAAAAUGAUUGUAAUUGGUUGUGGUUUCUUCGGAUUUUAAAAACUAUCUUGUCUACACGGCCUAUUACUUUCAUUAGUGAUCGCAACCAUGGUCUCGUGAGUAACAUACCAACUGUUUUUCCUGAUUGUCAUCAUGCUUACUGUUUGUAUCAUCUUCAAUUCAAUUUGAAGGAUCACUUCCCUGGACGGUUUCGAAAGGGUUAUCGAAAUAGGUUGGUUAAAUUGUUUAAUGCUAUCGCUUAUGCUCCAUCGGUAUCAGCUUAUAUGAUAUGUGAGGCUAAGUUCUACGAGCAUGGGGGAGAUAAGGCCAAGACAUUUAUUGCAAGUGUUCCAAAACAACAUUGGACUAAUGCUUAUUUUCAAGGGCAUCGAUACGGAGAGAUGAGUUCUAGUGCUAUUGAGUCCUUCAAUAACUGGAUACUUGAUGCACAGCUUAUGCCGAUAAUGAAUUUAGUUGAAGAGUUGAGGUCCAAAAUUAUGAUUCAAAUGUCGCGUAGAAGAGAAGAAGCAUCGCGUUGGGUUUCUCAGAUUUGUCCGGACAUGGAUGCAAAGUUAGCUAAGAGGAUUGACAAGGGGAGGUCGUGGAGGGUUUAUAAAUCAAAAACCGGCUUGUAUGAGGUGAAAUCUGUACCUGCUGUUCUAGUAAAUCUUGAGGAAGGGACAUGUUCUUGUGGAACCUGGCAAUACAAUGGUUUCUUAUGUGCUCAUGCUGCAACGGUGUUAGUUAAGACUUGUGGAGCGGAAGGAUCCUUGGCUGGUUACAUUGAUCCGUUUUAUCAUGUUGAGGCAUAUCGGCUCACAUAUCAAGAUAAUAUCCAUCCAAUUCUAGCUAUGGAUAUUCCUGACUUCACACAAGGAAGUACUCGGGUUAUCAAAGCUCCAAAAAAUAGGAGGCAAGCUGGAAGACCUUGCGUAAAGCGCAUUCGUUCUAGGGGUGAAGAACAAUCCUCUGCUAGGCCAAUGAAAUGUGCGAGGUGCCAUAAGCUUUCUCACCACAACCGCAGGACAUGCAAAGGGGCUACGGAUGAUUGA